AUGGCGGCCGCCCAAGAUGUCCACGUCCGGAUCUGUAACCAAGAGAUUGUCAAAUUCGACCUGGAGGUGAAGGCGCUGAUCCAGGAUAUCCGGGAUUGCUCGGGACCACUGAGUGCACUUACUGAGCUGAAUGCUAAAGUGAAGGAGAAGUUUCAGCAGCUCCGGCACAGGAUACAGGAGCUGGAGCAGUCAGCUAAAGAACAAGACAGAGAGUCGGACAAGCAAGCUCUGCUCCAGGAGGUGGAGAACCACAAGAAGCAGAUGCUCAGCAAUCAGACGUCGUGGAGGAAAGCGAAUCUCACCUGCAAAAUCGCCAUUGACAACCUAGAGAAGGCAGAGCUGCUGCAGGGAGGAGACCUCUUGAGGCAAAGGAAAACCGCCAAGGAGAACCUGGCACAGACGUCCAGCACCAUCACCGAGAACCUCAUGGGGAUCAGCAGGGUGAUGUCCCAGCAGGUGCAGCAGAGCGAGGAAGCCAUGCAGACGCUGGUCACCUCUUCCCGGACCAUCCUGGACGCCAACGAAGAGUUCAAGUCCAUGUCGGGGACCAUCCAGCUGGGGCGGAAGCUCAUCACAAAGUACAACCGCCGGGAGCUGACGGACAAGCUGCUCAUCUUCCUGGCCCUGGCCCUUUUCCUGGCUACGGUUCUCUACAUUGUCAAAAAGCGGCUCUUCCCGUUUCUGUGA